AUGUUUGAGGCGCUUGUCAAGAAGUAUGGACCGGAGCCACCACGGGAGGACGUCCCUGCUACUUGUAGGCAAGAGCUCCAACCUUUCAGCAUUGAAAGUGGGGCUAUGAAGGGUUUGCUGCGUGUCCCAGCCAAUGAGGCUAUCGAAGCCAUUCUAAGAGUCGCCGAGGUAUCAUACGAAGACGUGCUGCUGGCGUUGCCUAAGGAACGUCUGCGUGCACUUUUCACCAAGAAGGAUAAUUUAUCACAGCUGGAGAGCAUAGAGGUGGCUGCGCCUCCUGCUGCUUGUGACGGCGGUGAAGAUCCCCGUCUGCGUCUAGAGCGGUUCAUGCGGAAGUACAAUCCGGAGAAGCUCAACUCCAUUGACGCCAUUCUGAAGGCAUACAGCGGCAAUGAGGGAAAGAUGUUUGAGGCGCUUGUCAAGAAGUAUGGACCGGAGCCACCAAGGGAGGACGGAGACGCUCCUUCUCUUACUGCUGCUGCUUGUGACGGCGGUGAAGAUCCCCGUCUGCGUCUAGAGCGGUUCAUGCGGAAGUACAAUCCGGAGAAGCUCAACUCCAUUGAUGCCAUUCUGAAGGCAUACAGCGGCAAUGAGGGAAAGAUGUUUGAGGCGCUUGUCAAGAAGUAUGGACCNGCCAUUCUGAAGGCAUACAGCGGCAAUGAGGGAAAGAUGUUUGAGGCGCUUGUCAAGAAGUAUGGACCGGAGCCACCACGGGAGGACGGAGACGCUCCCUCCGGUUAUUCUACGGCUGGUGCUGCUGCUGCUGCCACUGUGCGAGAGAAGAUUACAACAUUGCAGUUCGAUGCAGAGGCAGUGAGAGAGAGGCUGACGCGGUUCUUGACGAAGCACGCUCCAGAAAAGUUGGCUGGUGUGGACGCGCUUGUUGAGGCGUGCCAAGAGAGGGGUGUGGAACAGAUGAUGGAGAGCCUCGUCGCCACGUACGGGCCGGAGCCUGUGGGAGAUCGUACUGGCUGCGAUGACGGUGAGGAAGUGAAGGGGAAUGGGAGGACUGCGGAGGCCAGCAUUGGGGAGGAGCGACAGCAACUCGCUGCGUGGCUUCUUGCGAUUGGUAAGGAUGCUAAGACGGUGUGCCACACCAUCAUGACAAAGGAACAGUUGCUGCGUCUCACAAAGUCGACGUUCGGCGACUACGAGAACCGACUGCGGCGCCUCUUCGUGCGCCACGCCCCGUCGCGGCUGGCGGAGGUGCAACAGUUGCUGGCGGCGCACGACGGCCUCGAGGACGAGUUGCUCGCGUAUUUCUCGCGCGAGUUGGGGCCGGAGCCGGCGAGGACGGCGCCGACGGCGUUGCUGCACCUCGUGAGCCGCC